GUAGAGUUUACGACAGAUUCUUAGCCGUAGCUGCGUUGGGUGUGAAGGCUCCUGCGUGACUCAUUGUGCGUAGGUUAAGCAAAAGUUGCGAGGGGGAAUGUCGGCUUGUGAAUGAUCGGUGUUUGAGGCGGCAGGGACGUUAUGGCUCAACAAAAGAACCUGGAAGGAUAUGUUGGCUUUGCAAGCCUCCCCAACCAAGUGUACAGGAAGUCCGUCAAGAGGGGCUUUGAGUUCACCCUGAUGGUUGUGGGUGAAUCAGGACUGGGGAAGUCAACUUUGAUUAAUUCACUUUUCCUAACAGACCUGUACUCAGCAGAGUAUCCUGGACCUUCGCACAGAAUCAAAAAGACUGUACAGGUGGAGCAAUCUAAAGUCUUAAUAAAGGAGGGAGGUGUCCAGCUGCUGCUCACAAUAGUUGACACCCCGGGGUUUGGGGACGCCGUCGACAACAGCAACUGCUGGCAGCCGAUCAUCGACCACAUAGACAGCAAGUUUGAAGACUACCUGAACUCAGAAUCACGGGUGAACAGACGACAGAUGCCUGACAGCCGAAUCCACUGCUGCCUUUAUUUCAUCGCUCCCUCUGGACACGGACUAAAGCCCUUGGACAUUGAGUUCAUGAAACGGUUGCAUGAAAAAGUCAAUGUCAUCCCCUUGAUCGCCAAAGCAGACACUCUCACCCCAGAGGAAUGCCAACAGUUCAAGAAACAGAUUAUGAGAGAAAUCCAGGAGCACAAAAUCAAGAUAUAUGAGUUUCCUGAAACAGAUGAUGAAGAGGAGAACAGGCUGGUGAAGAAAAUAAAAGACAAGCUGCCAUUGGCUGUUGUAGGAAGCAACACCAUCAUUGAGGUGAACGGCAAGAGGGUGAGAGGAAGACAAUACCCCUGGGGGGUUGCAGAAGUUGAAAAUAGCGACCAUUGUGACUUCACCAUCCUCAGGGACAUGCUCAUCAGAACUCACAUGCAGGAUCUGAAGGAUGUGACAAACAACGUCCACUAUGAGAACUACCGCAGCAGGAAGCUGGCCGCUGUCACCUACAACGGAGUGGACAACAACAAAGCUAAAGGACAGCUGUCCACCAAUAUGGACACAGUUGAUGGAAUGAGUCCCCUGGCCCAGAUGGAGGAAGAGAGGCGAGAGCAUGUGGCUAAGAUGAAGAAGAUGGAGAUGGAAAUGGAGCAAGUGUUUGAGAUGAAAGUCAAGGAAAAAGUGCAGAAGCUCAAAGACUCUGAGGCAGAGCUUCAGCGACGUCACGAACAAAUGAAGAAGAAUCUGGAGGCCCAGCAUAAGGAGCUGGAGGAGAAGAGGCGCGUCUUUGAGGAGGAGAGGUCAAACUGGGAGCUGCAACAGCGGCUGGAGCAUCAGAAAAUGGAGGCUUCCAGGACUCUGGAAAAAAAGCAAAAGAAAGGAAAGAUCUUCUAAAGACAGUCAGCAAGGCCAGCCCAGAUCCAGUUACUUUUGUUUGCCAAUGUUGCCGGUCAGACCACCAGAAUGUGGUGCUCUGAAACCACCCAUGUCCUACCGUCAUCCUCUUUUUUUUUUUUUUUUCUCCUGUGCUCUACCUGCUCCCAGCCACUAGAGGUCAUACUUGGACCAGGUUUUUUUUUGGGGGGGUUUUCUUUUCUUAAGAAAGGCCAGAGGGGGUCUGAGUGUACAGCCAAAACCGCAUCCACAGAGCCCCCUCCCACUGCUCCAGGACCCAUGGCCAUCAUUAAGGACUGGGUUUACCUUUUUCAAGAAUAAAUAACUCCCUUUCAGUAAGGCCAAACCCAAAUCAUUUUAAUUAUUGAUGUUAUUAUUGUUGUUGUUAUAACUCAAUACUGUCACCAUCCUCAGCUACUGCUCUUCUUUUUUUUUUUUCCAAGGUGGCUUUUAAAAGACCAGUGUGUACAGAUUUAUGGAGAGCAAAAACAAAUUCUUGUGAAUUGUGUUUAACAGUUAGGUGAACAAUCAGUUUCUGUUGAAUUUCAUGUUUACAGGAAAGAAACAGUGUUUAAAAAUAAUCUGAUCUCACAACUAAAAAAUAAAGAGGACAGGGUUUUUAAUUGAGACUCGCAGACCUAGCCUCUUAAAUAAAACGAGACGGAAAACAUGAGAUCAAGAGAAAAUAGAGCAUGCACCUUGGGCCUUUUUUAUAGACUUUUAAGAAAUGGCUAAAGUUCUUUUCUUCUGAAGUGUAACAAGUUCCUUUUCCUCUGUGUUUAGCUAUUUCCUCUAGCCUUGGACCAUCAUUUAUAAGUGUUAUAUUUCACUUUAGUUUAUUUUUAUAUAUAUAUACCGAGCCAGCUGAAGUUAUAACUUUUGUAUGUUUAUUAAAUUCUCACAGACUGACAGCAAUGUCUUCUGUUCAACUUCGCAUUUAAGUCCUGUGGGUGCUUUAAAAAGAAAAAUUGGCGUCACUGUGGAAACGGAUUAGUGGAAAAUGAAGUCGACACCACACUUUGCUUUGGCUAUGUACUCCAUCUGUAUUUUUAAUUUUAUUUUUCAUUUGUAAUGUCACUUAAUAAACAUGUGAUGGUA